UUCCCGGAGCGGUUUCUGGCUCCCGCACCCGCGGGGCCUCGGGCCGCCGCCGCUGCCCCUCACGCCGGGGCGGUCGCGGCCGCCGCGCUCCCGCCCCGCCGCGUCACUGCCGGAGCGGCCCAACAUGGAGCCCGGCGGCGGCGGGGACGCGCUCCCGAGGCUGCGGCGCCCGGGGCGGCGCGGGCCGGAGCCCCGGGACCCGCAGCAGCCGCAGCCGCCUGCCUGGGGCGGCGGGACGGCCGAAGAGUCUACAGCUGUAGAGAAGACGACGAGGCCUCUUAAAAGACUGAAUAUUCAUUCUGCAUUCUGGAUUUUGACAUCAAUAGCUGUGACAUACUACUUUGAUUUUUUAAAAAAUAUUAAAGAAACUAUGCAAGCAGAUAGCUGGUGGCUUUCCUGUGGCACUUGUUUAUUGGCUACAUGUUUAUCUGUUGCCUUUUACUGCAUACUGUAUCUUGAGUGGUACUGUGGAAUUCAGGACUAUGAUGAACAGUACCCUGCACUGGUUCCUAUCACAACAGCUACCUUUAUAGCAGCAGCAAUUUGUUUCAAUGUUGCCUUGUGGCCUGUCUGGUCAUUUUUUACACCUGUGUUGCUCUUCAUUCAGUUCAUGGGUGUUGUGAUGCUUGUGUCACUCCUGGGAUAAGCCCUUCAGAUUGAUGUGUGGAGGAUUCAAGUAACUGUAAUCCUGCAAAGUGUAUGUCACUUUUAUUACAUUCCAGUACUUCUGUUGUUUCUAGUACUGCCUGUUUGCUCUAAUACAGUAAUUCUUAAUCUACUUGACUUAUAAAUCAAUGGACAUAACCAUAGGAAAAAGCAACUGAUUAGUCAAUAACUGGAAGAUAAAUAUGUUUUACAUCUCUUAGUAACAUGAAGCCUUCCAUUUUGUAAAGCUUUGUAAAGCUUUUAUUUAUAUUUGAGUAUUAAGCACAUGGGUAGUAAGUAAUAGCACCACAGAAUAGUUAGUGUUGAAGAGGACCUUUAAAUAUUAUCUCUGGAGGCCUCAGAGGUCCCCUACUCAAACUUCCUGUUCAAAUCAUGUUGUUUGAUUUGGAAGUAAGUGAUACUUAAGUGUUGUGGGGUUUUAAUACUAUAUUCUUUCCAUUUGAAUUGACAGGUAAAAUACUGAUAUCUGGAACCUGUGUUUGUACUUGUAAACUUACUUACAGGAGACAUUUCUUGAUCUCUUAAAUUUCUAUAUGUGUUAGUUACCAUGUAGGAAAUACUUUAUUAUCUAAUGUCUUGAAUUCAGAUCUGCUAGUGUUUAAAAAAAAGUAUGGAUAGGGGUAAGGGAGGCUGGUUGACAUUUGGCAGUGCCAUCAAUUAAAUAAAUAAAUUCUACUUGUGCUCAUACAGUUUGUCCACAGCCAAAGGUGGAUGAUCAAGCUGUGAAUAACCAUCAACACAAUGAACAAUAUUAAGACUACACAAGAAAUCUGGAGCACAAAUUAAAUUCUUUUGAUGUAUGCACUGUUUUUCAGUAUUCAGGUUGUUUUUUUUUCCUGUACAUCAAAUUUUCAUUCUUAGCAGUGCCUGUUAAUGAAGUUGCCAUUUUCCUUACUCAGCAAUGAAGAGGCUGAUAUUAACUUAAAAGCUACUAGUUAUAUUCAGUUAGGAAAAUAAAAUAGCAUUUUAUUUUUAUUAAGUGUCUGUUCGUUUUGACUGAGAUACUUAACUGUCUGAAGAUCUGGGAACCAUCUGGUUGCUAGGCCACUUUAUGUAAAUCCUUGUGUAAAUAUUUUUCCAUGAAUGCCUUUUGGAAAAUAGAAGAAUGUAGAAAUUGGGUAUUGAAGCCUGUUAAUAUCUACUCCUUGUGAGUGUUGCUUAAAGUCUGGACUGUCAAAGGGUACUGUGUUCUUCAUUCUGACUUCCAAAUUCACACCAUUGUUGGAACACAUGAAAUGUUUAGUAAUGACAGAGAUACACAUUGUCUUUGGCUGUUACUGUUCUAUUAAUGAAAAAGGUUGUGACCUAAUAGUAUGUAAUACAAAGGAUCAGAUAAACCAAAAUAAAGUGCAUUCAGCACUACUUGAAGUAGUUUGUAGGAUAAGUUAACAGCUUGAUUUGUUUAAAUGUAAUAUUUAAGUUUGCCAAAACCUGUCAUGCUUCACAUCUUUAAAGUGUAAGUUGUUUAUCUUCAGGUCUUCACUUUUUAAAAGAUUUUAACAAUUUUAUGUCUGCAUACACAGGUACAUUUGAGUAACUUUAUUAUAAUAUUUAAAAUGCAGUAUUGCUCAGGGAUGGUUAUUAUAGCUGUAUUUUUAUUUGUCAGCUAUAUAAAUGCUCUAAGUGUUUUAAGUUGCCUUGUGAUCUGAAUUAAAAUUACUAUUUGCUACAUGAUUUUUAAAAUUCAUUUUUCUGAACAUCUUUAUAAACUUUGUACAAAAGUGA